GGGCCGCCCUCAGUUAGCGACCGGACCUGGGAGCGGGCUGUUGUCUGUCGUGAGUGGGAGCGGGAGCCAGUGAGCGCGUCACGGGAGUCGUUUCUUUUCAGAGUCUUCAGGUGUCGAAGGUCCACCCCCGGACCGGACUUGUCGACGCCUCUCGUCCCCUCCCUGUUUCCGAACGUGAGCCGGGCUCUCUCCCGUCACCUCCGAGGCAGCCCUGCGAAAAGGAGGCAGGAUGGAGUUCAAGCUGGAGGCUCAUCGUAUCGUCAGCAUCUCCCUGGGCAAGAUCUACAACUCGCGGGUCCAGCGCGGCGGCAUCAAACUGCACAAGAACCUGCUGGUCUCGCUGGUACUGCGCAGCGCCCGCCAGGUCUACCUGAGUGACCCGUGCCCGGGCCUCUACUUGGCCGGUCCCGCGGGGAGCCCGGCGGCGCCGCCGCCGCAGCAGCCCGGGGAGCCGGAGGCGGAAGCUGCCUGGCGCCGCGUGGAGGGACCGCGCGAGGCGGCGGAGGGAGGAGCCGGGGUCUUCGCGGGAGCUGAGGGGCCCCGUGGGGCGCGCCGCCACUGCGGCUGCCCCCCAGGAGGGGAGGACAGGCCGGGGGCGCUGGGCGCUUGCCCCCGAGUUGACUGCCGCUGCGCGCCGCGGCCGGCCGAGGACGAGCCCCCGGCACCGCCCGCCGUCGGCCCCCGGAAGCGCGGCGCGGCGGGCGUGGGUGGCGGCCCCGCGGGCGGUCCGGCGCCCGGCUCCAGCCCGCUCAAGAAGCCCCGCCGGAACUCGGAGGAGCAGCCGGGCGGGGCGGAGGAGGAGGAGGAGAUGGAGACCGGGAACGUGGCUAACCUCAUUAGCAUCUUCGGUUCCAGCUUCUCGGGACUCUUGCGGAAAAGCCCCGGGGGCGGCCGGGAGGAAGCCGAGGGAGAGGAGAGCGGUCCGGAAGCCGCCGAGCCCGGGCAGAUCUGCUGCGAUAAGCCGGUGCUGAGAGACAUUAACCCUUGGAGCACAGCCAUCGUGGCCUUCUGAGCCCCCGGGUCCCGUUCGGAAGGAGGUUGAGCGGCGGGUGGCCCCGACGUGGGGCUGCGAGGACGGCCCAGAGACCGCAGGGCGCUGGACGCGUUGCGGGGACCGUGGGUGCCGCCGGGCAGCACCGACUGCCCUCGGGCUCGGCGGCCUCCCCCCUGGAGGCUUGUCGGAAGAGGACGAUCGUUAACUUUUGUGUAGUGUUCUGUCUGUGUACGUACGUCUGUCUUGUUGAAUUCAGACCAUUUUGUCCUUCUGGAAUGCACCACCCCUUUCCCAGGGCUGAGGAGAUCGGGGGCAGACGGGGACUUUCCUUUGCCGGCAGCCCCGAGAAGGAAGCGGCGGAGAGGGCCGGGCCUGGGGAGUUCCCCUUUCGUGCUCGGGGGAGGAAGGGACUUUACACACACCCCUCACAUGAAAGCUAGCCCCGCACCAGGGCCGGGAGUGGCAUUUCCUCACAGGAUUUCCUAAGACUAGAGGGAUUUAGUCUGGAGCAGAGACCUGUAUCAUUUCGCUCUCCCCACUUUUCUCUCUCUGAAGAAACUUCUGUACCCUGUGAUUACUCUGGGAAAGGGAAUCUGAGCGGCUCUUGUCUUCCCCACGGGGGGGGGGGGGGAGAAAGCUUGAUGAACUUCACAGAAGAGUUCAAGCUUGGAAAUAUGGAGUUUAUAGAGAAUAGAUAUAUUUUUAAAAGCUCUAGAUCGGAACUACUACAAGUGCUUUUAAAAAGUGUUUAAUGAAACAGAGUUUACAGACAGAAGCCCUAAGUGGAAAGACCUUAUGGUUUUGUAGAUACGGUGACUCCAGUCUUUGUUGUAUAAAGGUUGGGGGAGCCGACAAGGUUUUUGUACAGUAUUUUCUCCUUCGUUGUAUUGAUUUUGGUAUAAAAAUGUAACUUUACGUGUCUAACACGUAUUAAAUAUUUUGAAGCAACUUAA